AUGGACAUUGUCGAGCGACGCGUUGAUGUCGGCUCGUCAGUUGGCGGUCAACAAGGAGCCCGACACGACUCAUAUAGUGUCAUUCUUUUUCAGUCUUCCAUUACAAAUGCCUUCGUAAACGAUUUCGUCAGUUCUCCCGAUCAAUUACUAGACGCUGUUUUGCGUUAUGAUGCUGAUGGAGGCACCAACUUCACUGUUGCGGUUCAGCAGGCCCAAUCAGUCAUGGAACAACAUUGGAGCACAGAAUGGAGCCCUGUAAUGAUAUUCUUGUCGGAUGGCGAGUGCCAUAUCGCAGACCAGACUGUUCAAGAUUUGUGUCAUUCCGCGGUUCGUCUUGGCAAAGCAUUGUCAUUUCACGCAGUAUCAUUUGGUCCAGAUGGAUCUUCUACUUCCUUGCGGAGAAUGACUCAAAUUGCACUUGGCAUCCAAAACAAUGCCCCAAGAGAUCCUCUGGCCCCAGCAGCGGCAACAGCCGCGUCUUCAUACACGCAGGCCUUAGACACGAUCCAACUUGCCGAAACGUUCCUAGGAAUCGCAGAAUCGCUCAGAAAGCCGAGAGGGUCUCUCAUCCACUGA